GACAGCUGACCAACCGCACGUAUCUAUCCGCUCGACGCCUGCAACGCAGUUUGUCUGAGAUUCUCAAACCUUUUCUGUCUGCAGCAUAACAAGAAUGUUUAAGUGCAAAAGUUGUGACUCUGAGUUUCGGGACGGGGCCAUGUGUUCCAUAUGUCUCAACCACUACGACUUUCCUUGUGCUGGAAUUACGGAGUCUGGGUGGCGCAGGCUCGGUGACAGGAAGUUAUCAUGGAGAUGUUCAGCUUGUAAAGUACCAAGCCCACGCCCAACAUUUCCUGGCCCUUCUACUGCCGAUAUGGAUAACAUCUUAUCUGAAUUAAAAUUACUAUCAGCCCGUACCUCAGCCAUACCUGACAUUGUGGAAAAUAUGAAGAAAAUACAAACUGAAUUGGCUGAGUUAAAAGCUAUUAAAGAUGACUUCAUAUCAAUGAAAACAUCCAUCGAAUUCGUCCACGACUCUGUUGCAGAAUUAACCUCAAAGGUCGCUGGUCUGAGCGCUGAAGUGGAAAUGCUAACAAAAUCAAAAGAUGAAGUCAUCUCACUCAGAAGUCAACUUGAAAAGCUAAACGAAGCUCACCAAGAUAACGAGCAAAGAUCCCGCCUCAACAAUAUUGAGAUAAAGGGUGUCCCCACAUCCAAUUCCGAAAAUCUAUUCGAAAUCGUUUCAAGAAUUGGUAGUUUGCUUGACCUCGAUAUCCCCAAACAGCAAAUUAAUUAUAUCGCAAGAGUGCCCAUGCGGAGUGACCCACGUAACAAAAGUAUAAUAUGCUCAUUACAUAAUAGAUACAUGAAAGAAAAUUUUGUUGCGGCAGCCAAAAAACGAAAAAUCACAGCGUCGGAACUCGGAUGCACGGGAGAUAGUUCGAUAUUCGUAAACGACCAUCUUACACUUGCUAACAAAACCCUACUUAACAAAACCAAGAUCCUGGCUAAAGAAAAAGGCUUCUUAUACGUAUGGGUGAAGAACUGUAAAAUUUUGGUGAGAAAAAAUUCCACAUCUCCAGUAUUAAGUAUAAAAUCGGAUAGUGACUUAAAAAAAUAUUUUUUAUAAUUAUUUACCAUUUAAUCUUGUUAUAUUCACUUCUUGUUGAAUUGCUGCUUUUAAUGUUUGAGAAUCGCUGUUUCAUUCCCCUUCCAUUCAUUCCACGCUUCGAGCUCCUUUGUUCGCUUAUCGCUCGGGCACCAACCGGUUUUUUGCUUGCGCUCACUCAAUUAUACACCGUAUAUCUAUUGCAUUACGACAUGUUUUCCGCGGUUGCUUUGAUCACUAUUUUGCUAAUAUUUUUUAUAUUAUGCCACAUGUUUUAUUGCAUG